AGAAAACAAACUCCAGAAAAGCGUGCUUGCCCAGCGAACGCGGGGAACGACAGCGGUCAUUAGGCGCGUCCGGCACUAAGUACGCGCCGUUCGCGUUUGCUGCGAGUGGUUCAGUUGCUCCGAUUGUUCUCCAAAUUGACCUUCAGAUGCGGGGUCGGCCACCUGACCGAAAGAAAGCAGCCUCUCUGUGCGACAUCCGGAACUGUGGCCAACGCCAACCGUCAACCGUGGAACUCGAAGCGCUUCUAACGUUUUGCUCUUUUGUGUUGGAGUGACUAUCGGACACCUUCGAUUAUGUCGACGUAUGACCUGACGAGACCGGCCGACAGCGAGGACAGCGAGGACGAUGAAGACUACGUUCCCUCCGGUGAAGACAGCGAGGGAGAUCUCGCAGAUUGCGAGAAUGACGCCGAACGCGACGCUGAAGCUGCCACCAGCAAGAAAGGCAAGACGGGCAAAGCGGCUGGGAAGCGCAGAGGCGGCACGAAGCUGGACGCGGGCGCUUGCGAGGCUGGAACGCCCGAGGACCGAGCGGCCGAGGAUCCGAGCGAGCUGACCCGCGCCGAGAAGGAGAAAGCAGACCUCCUGUGGGCCGAUUUCCUCAAGGACGUGGAGCCCCUUCCCAAGAAGCGGCCCCCACCGGCUGCGGCACAGUCAUGUCCAACAACUUCGAAGCUCGUGCCAGUGACGGUGGAAAAGAAAGUGAAAAUCACCAAAGUCAUGAACUUUGCGGGGGAAACUGUCCUGGUGGACACGGAGGUGGAUGCCAAGGAGGCCAGGGGGAGUGGCUCGGGAGCAGAGACCCCCUUGCCCGGCACGAAGCGGCCUGCUGGGGUCCAGCAUGUCCUGAGUCGGAUCCUGAACAAAAAGCAGAAGCUCAGUGUCCUGGACAAGUCCAAGCUGGACUGGGAGAGCUACAAGAAAGAGAAAGGCAUUGAAGAGGAGAUCCAGACUCAUAAUCGUGGGAAGGACGGGUACCUCGAGAAGCAAGCAUUCCUGCAGAGGGCGGACUUGCGCCAGUUCGAGAUUGAAAAGAAUCUUCGAGCCAAGACGAGAGUCAACAGGCUUGUCUAGAAGGGACCUGAAAUAAACUCGCACAUGGAUGGGCUGAUAACCUGA